AUGGACGAAGACUCACACUGCACAACGGAAAGGGAACUGCUGGAAGCUGUAAGCAAGAUUACUACGUUUUCUACCCCAAGUCCAUCUGAUGAAGAACAAAAUGAACCGCAAGCUGAAAUUUCAUGUCAAGGGAGAAAAGAAAACCUGGAAAAAGAUGACCUGCAAGAUUCCAAUGCAUCCCUAAGUCCCAACUCGUCAAUGACCACUAAAGAGCUUCAGGAAUAUUGGAGGAAUGAAAAACGCCAGUGCAGACAAGUCAAACUCCUUUUUGAAAUCCCGUCAACCAGAAUUGUAGAGCACCACUUAUCUAAAUAUGUGAUGUAUAAAAUCAUCAUUUUGCAAACAGGGAGUUUUGACAGCAACAAGUCUGUAAUUGAACGGCGUUAUUCAGAUUUUGAGAAGCUGCACAGAAAUCUGCUGGAGGAGUUUAGUGAAGAAAUGGAAGAUGUGGCCUUUCCCAAAAAAACUCUAACAGGGAACUUCACAGAAGAAAUAAUCAAUGAGAGAAAAUUAGCCUUCAAGGACUACCUGAGACUUCUAUAUUCAAUGAAAUAUAUCCGAAGAUCAAAAAAAUUUAUUGACUUUUUAACAAGACUGGAGCUUCAGGAAGCAUAUGGUUGCCUGCGGGGUGGCCACUACACCAAAGCUUUGGAAAUCCUUUUAGAAGUCAUUGGUCUGCAGGAAAGGCUGACAAGAGGCAAUCCUGUCUCAGUUGUCCCCACUCUCUGUGCUAUCGUGGUGUGCCACAAGGAUCUGGAAAACCCAGCAAGUGCCUUUGAAUAUGGAGAAAAAGCUCUAUCACGCCUUCGUGUGCAUACCAGCCACAGGUAUUAUAUUCCAUUGUUAGAAGCAAUGAUCCCUUUGGCAUAUGAACUUGGCAAGGAUUUUCUGUCUUUGCAAGAAAAACUGGAAGAAUGGAAGGCAAAAAAAGAUCCCAUACGAGUUUUUACCCUGAAAGAACUUGCAGUUCGGGAGUAUGUACAAUGAACACGGGAAACCAUUUCAUUAAAGAGCAAAGCUGUCAGCUCCUUUUCCCAAACACAAACUCUUGGAAGAACUGGAAAUUACCUGUUUGGCUAACAUAACUU